CUUUUGUCCUUAUAGUUUCUGUACCACAUUGGCUAGUUCCACCCUUUUUGACAAGAAGAAAAAGGGAAGAAGGGUUUACAUACAGCACUGUCUCAACACAGGGAAGGUUUCAGUGUCUAAAGACACCACAGAAUCCACACGCAGCAGAGAAAGAACCACUGUGAGUAUGCAAUCCUCAUAGAAGCUUUGACUAACAAUUGCUGACUGAAUGCUGAAACAGUUUCCCAGUGAUGUUCUACAGUUAAGCUUGCCUGAGGGUGUCCUGUUGUGCAGGGAUUGAAGAGUGAAGAGAAUGGGGGAAGAAAGAGCCCAGGGAUCUGGAUCUUUGGCCCUGACUGCUGACCUCAAUGCAAAGCCACUGUCUGAAGGGAAGAGAGACUUGGACAAUGAAUCGAUGUUAAAUGUGUUCAAAACCGCUGCUGCUUGUCAACAGUUCACCCUUGAAGCUGCAAUUAAAAACAUUGACGAGAUGUCCAGUGAGCUGAAAAAAAUGACUGUGGAAAGCCAGUUACUGCUUUGUGACCUUAUCCUGAACUUUAACCAUCCUGUGAAGGCCAAAGAUUUAAGAGAAGCUGAAGAAAAACAGUGGAGCUUGACAGAUUAAUAACAUCCAUUUUCAUGCAGCAUCUUCUAUUAAUACUGCUUCAGUUUGAACUGUAAAAUUAUAGCAUGCUUUCCUGCAGUUAGGCUAUUCUUAUUUUAAACUGAAAAUGUGGAGUGGAAAAAUGCCAUAAGUAGGUUAUUGAUCUUGAGAUGGGUUUUUUUUCAACCCAAAUUUAGUCCACUAGGGCUGGGAAAAUGGAUAGAAUUAACUAGAGAGGUCGGGGAUCUGGGCCUGAAGGUUUUCAUAUGUAGUUGUUGCCUUUGAAACAAAGAUGUACUGGAACAGUAACAAAAGAUUUUCAGUCACUUCAAGUCAAGUCAUUGCUCUCUUUUCUCAGUUGUGCUCUGGAAAACGGGAUAAGGAACAGUCCGUAGAGGGGAAACUGCAAGUUGUCAUUUGAUCUUCCUUCCUCAUUCUGAAAGUGCUGCUGAGGAAGGGGGCAAAGAGCAGACUACUUCUGGUAAACCAAAAGUACUUUCAUUCUGGAAAGCCUGCAGUGACUUACUGGUUUAGAGGUCUGAAUAUUCUGAAAUCUCAGCCCAAAAUCUGAGUAGCCAGUAUUUUCAUGUAGUUCAUUGUAAUAAAUAUUCAAUCUUACUUUACUUGUGGGCAUGUUUGAAUGUUGAGGUGUGUUUUGUAUUCAUAUACAAAUAUAUUUCUCUGAAUAAUCAACUCAA